ACAUGAUACAGUUCCACAGAUAUGCAGGUCAAUGGUGCACAGCCGAAACUGAUGCGCACUGUCAAUGACGGCCGCCCGUCGAUGAAUGAUUAUUAUAUGGACGGGCGUACAGUCGCACAUAUUGGCGAUAGCUCUUGCCUAGGGCUCCGUUCAUCAUCUCUAGGUCCCUUCGUCUAUUGAUAUCACGAAGGACAUACCAUACUACUCCUCUGAUGACCACAUCAUCCCCAUCCGUGGAGCUUACAUAUCAGGUCCUCACGCCAUAUUUCAUUGGCGGCGUAUGCGUUGCAUUUCUUUAUGGAGUGACGACGGGGCAAAUGAUCUUCUACUGGAACCGCGGUGGGAGGGAUGGGAAGGUCUUCAGAUUCCUUGUCUUCAUGCUCUGGCUACUGGAUGGCGCACACUAUGUGCUGGUACCAUGUUCGUUCUACGUCCUUUUGGUCGAAAACUUGCACGAUAGUAGCGCGUGGAUAAACGAGGAGUCAUCGAGUUACUUUUUCAAUACCUGGAGCUAUCAGGGUAUAUUUGUUGUCACUGGUCUCACUGAUAUCGGAGUCAAGAGCAUAUUCACAUAUCGCAUAUGGAAACUGAGCAACAGUGCAAUGAUCGGCGGGGCCUUGGUGGUGUUUAACCUCACGGUACUCGUCUUGUCAAUCGUCUCUGCUUUCACCUAUGACUGCAUCGGUGCGCAUGCACUGCCCAGCUGUUUCAGCAACGUCCCUGCGCAUGGCCACAUCAACACCUCAAUAGGUACUGCCAUAGCUAUGCUUGCCUGUAUGGCUGCUUCCGACAUCGCCACAUUCGUCUUGCUCUGUGUCUUUUUGUGGAGACGCCGGACCGGGUUCGCUCGGACGAUACGCCUGCUGAUACUCUACAGCAUAGAGGUCGGCAUGCUUACAAGCGUGGCAUCCGCGGCCAGCCUGACAACGUUCCUUGUGGUGGGCUACAGUAGCGCGCUCUUCAUCGCGAUCUUCUGGGUCGUCCCCAAACUCAGUAUUAACUCGCUGCUUGCAUUGCUGAACGCGAGGCAUCACAUCAGACACGAGGCAGGACUGGUCGUAGAACCCUCUGCAUUACGCGACACCGGCGUGGCGGUCAACGAUACCCUGCGCUUCGAGGUGACGAGGAGUCGAAUCUGGACGCGGACUCGCCAGACACCCCAGCUUAUUAUCACAGUCGAAACAGAAGUCGAGCUGGACCGAGAGAGCGACGUCGACGCAUUUCACAGCAGUGACGAUGGUGUCGGGAUAGCAUCCGCCACUAUCGCAGAGAAGAACAGCGUAACUCAUUAAAGAAAAGAAUUCGGAAUAUACGAAGAGCUUGCAGAAAUGCGAGGCAGAACUCGCGUGAAUUUGUUUCUUGUGCGGGGAUAUGCUUCGAUUGGACAUGCUGGACAUCAGAAUCAUAUCUCUACACUACUAGUGUGUGGUUACGCCUCAGGCUAGCUUACGCCAUUCAUAUGAAUUCCGAAGAAAUAUGUUGCAGCGCUCGCCUUACUCAGGCAUACGUA